AUGGCAUUUGGGCCUCUGGUCAGCAUGGCAGAAUCAGUGGUGCCAAAUAUGCUACCACCUGGCAUCCCUCCAAUGCCAUCAUUGGUACAGGCCACUGCUUUGGCACAAUUUGAAAACAAGGUUGGAAGAAUGUUAGAGUCCUCCAUGUUUGGCCAAAUGGUGGCAAAGAAGCUCAAGAAGGUUGAUGAGGAAACAUAUUAUGCAAUCAAAACUCCUGCAAGGAGUAAGAAAGUGUCCAAGACUGAAUCAUCAAAAAAGAAGCCUCUGCAAAAGGAAGCCAAACUUGCGGAUAUCAGCUCUUUGCUGACUUCUGAUACUGUACACCCAAAAACUCCAAGAGCCCCACCUGAGCAAUUGGUGUCUGUGCCUCCAGUCAUGACUGAGUCUACCAAGAUGGAGGAGGUCUCACAGCACACUACAGUCCCCACAAUGUCUGACAUUUCCAGCCAGGUGAACCAAGUCACACCGGCUUACAUAUCUGACACAAAAAUUCCAGAAAUUGUGGCAAGCAUAGGCCAUAUUGUCACCUCUGUUCACCAUGUCUUGGUGUCUGAUCCCAUCAGCAGUCAACCUGGAUCAGAGGAUAUGAAAACUACAACCUCUAUUCUGGAGGAGAGCAAAGUUUCAGUUGCACUCCAAGACCAAGGUUUACCCUCAGAUUCAGAGGAGUCCCAAACUGCAAAGUUCAUUGCUCUCAGCUCAGUUUUGUCCUCUUUGCGCAGCAAGAUGAAUGAACCAUUUCAUGCCAACACUGAACCAAUGAGCAACAGUUCUGAGCAAACCCCCAACAAUUUUUAUGAAAACAUUGUCACUCCAGUGGAUGAUACACCACGGCAAAAAGUUAAAAGGACCAAUCCACGUCCAGCUAUAGGAUCUAUGAUGGGAAUACCUCCAAAGCUGGCCAGGCCACCACAUCUCAAGGAAAGCUCAUCUAUGAUGCUAAUGGAAACGCCUCAGCCAUCCUUUUUUCCACCUGCCAAGAGACCAUAUAUCACUGAUGAAUCUGAGUAUGAUGGGGCUGAAGCAUUGGAGAUGCUGUUCAAGAUCAUUGUUGACAAAAGAAUGAAAAGGGAGUCUCAUGAAACCUCAGAGCCCCUGACUGGAACAUGGACUGAAAAUUCCAGACUAGAGGAAUCUCAAAUGAGUUCAGAUUUUGUGAAAAGCAGAGGAAUGCUUUUGAACUCAAAGAUGGGACAUCUUAAAGAGCCUGAAAGAAGAUGGGUAAUGCCAGAGUACACAAAUAAUGAAGAAUCUGAUGCUACAAUGCAGAGACAACAAAGAUAUGUUCCUUCCAAUAACUCCAUGACAGUGUCUUUUGCAACAUCUGGGGCAAUAACUCCUCUGAAACCCAUUCUAAAGCACUCAGAACCAUUUGAAAAUCUUGGACAUGUCAUUACUGACAAUGACUCAACCAGGCGCAAUAACUCCAGACCAGGCAUUGGGUCAAUGAUGGGAGUGCCUCCAAAUCUAAAGAAGCCAUAUCCUAUUUCAGAGUACCAAACUCACACAAACACACCUACAGUCUUUGAGGAAGUUUGUGUGCAAGGGGAACCCAUUGGGAGGAGGCCCAACCAGAGACCAGGACUUGGUUCAAUGAUGGGCACACUCCCACAUCUUAGAAGAACCACUGAUGAAAGUGAAACUGAACAAGGGAUGACACACACCCCAAGCAUACUGCAAGAGGUGCCAACAACCUGGAACCCACAUGGGCCACACAUGAACCCAAGACCAGGUAUUGGUUCAAUGAUGGGCACAGUUCCCAACUUGAAGAAGGCAACAUUUUCAGACUCAGAGCAAGGGUCUCAUCACACACCAUCACUCAUGCAUGAGGUACCAACUAUAGGACAGCCAGUUGGUUUGUCUUCCAAUCAAAGGCCUGGCAUAGGCUCUGUAAUGGGAACUCUGCCAAAAUUGAAGAAACCUGGAAAUGUCACUGAACCUGCUUCUGGAACUUCAAAGACUCCAACCAUGUUCAAUGACAUACACACUCUUGGGCAACCAGUUGGUACCAAGCUUCCACCAAGAGCAGGCAUUGGUGCUAUGAUGGGAACUGUUCCCUAUUUGUCUCAACCUGCACAUGAUGCCACUUCUGACCUUUCCUUGUACCAAACUCCAUCUGCAUUUUCAGCAGUAGAAAUAGAGGGUGCUCCUAUUGAGGCAUACAGUUCCAGUUCUUAUGAAACAGCCAGGUCACAUCAUGACCCAGAAGUAGCAUCUGCUAAACCAUCAGAAGUCAGCACUGGGAGAACCUUCACACCACUGUCAAGUUUUUCUCAAACAGUUUCAGGGGCUAUUCAGCUACAUUAUGCUAAGCCUAGGUACAGUCCAAGGCCUGCCAUUGGAUCCAUGAUGGGGACUGCACCAAAAUUGAAGCAACCAGAUAAUGCUUCAAAUGCAACCGAAUACAGUAGAACUCCAUCAAUGUUGCAGGAUAUCCACCUGGAACAUCCUGGAGGAACUUUGUUGCAAGCAAAUGGUCGCCCUGGAGUAAAUUCAAUGAUGGGAGUUGAAGCAGAAAUCUAUGGAUCAGAAGGUUCCCAGCAGUAUACCCAACAAACAGGAAUGCCCUCUCCAUUUGAAAGUCUUCCAAGAUAUUCUCAGAUAUACCCCAACAGUAGACCAGGGAUAGGGGCUAUGAUGGGUGUACCACCUAGGCUGAAACAAGCUGACACUUAUUCAGAACUGGAUGACCCAAGAAGCAAGACACCAUCUUUGGUUCAAGAUAUUCAUCCUCAAGGAAAAGAUAUGGUUGGGAAGAUCUCAAAAGCAAAGCCAGCUAUAUAUUCCAUGAUGGGAAUGAACAGUUCUCAACUUGUGGAACCUGAUGGUGGUAGAACUCCAACUGUUUUUGAGGAGGUACCAGUGCAACCCAUCUUGAAGUAUGCACCACCCCAAAAGAUAGCCAUACAAUCCAUGAUGGGGGUUCCAGCUGCCAAGAGGCAACCAGUAUCUGAGAUGAGCUCUAACUUCAGGACACCAUCAUUAGUUCAAGAUAUUCAUCCUCAAGGACAAGAUAUUAUGCAAAAGAUCUCAAAAGCAAAGCCAGCUAUAAAUUCAAUGAUGGGAAUGAACAGUUCUCAACUUGGAGAGCCAGAUGGUGGAAAAACUCCAACUGUUUUUGAAGAUGUGCCAGUGAGACCCAUCUUGAAGUAUGCACCACCCCAGAAGAUAGCCAUACAAUCAAUGAUGGGGGUUCCAGCUGCCAAGAGGCAACCAGUAUCUGAGAUGAGUUCUAACUUUAGGACACCGUCAUUAGUUCAAGAUAUUCAUCCUCAAGGACAAGAUAUGGUGGGAAAAAUCUCAAAAGCAAAGCCAGCUAUCAAUUCCAUGAUGGGAACAAACAGUUUUGAACCUUUGGACCCAGAUGGUGGUAAAACUCCAACUGUUUUUGAAGAUGUUCCAGUGAGACCCAUCUUGAAGUAUGCACCACCCCAAAAGAUAGCCAUACAAUCCAUGAUGGGGGUUCCAGCUGCCAAGAGGCAACCAAUAUCUGAGAUGAGUUCUAACUUCAGGACACCAUCAUUAGUUCAAGAUAUUCACUUGGAGAAGAAGCCUAUGGGAAAACAACCAAACCCACGUCCAGCAAUUGGUUCAAUGCUUGGUGUGCCUCCAAGCUUACCUGUGGACUCUCAGAUUGACUCUGAGUCUAUUGGUCAUACAACACCAAUGUUUCUUCAUGAGGUGAAGACUUUAGGAAGCAAAUUGAAAGAAAAACUCAAGAAUUCCAGGCCUGCAAUUGGGUCCAUGAUGGGUGUACCUCCAGUUCAGAGACAUAAUCUGAUAGAUGGAUCUGAACCAGCCACUCCUGGUAGAACUCCAAGUACAAUUGAAGAAAUUUUACAAAACUCAGGCAGGACUCCUUUAAUAUUCAAGAGUGAACUUGAUCCUGUGUAUUUAAUACCCAUGGUGGCUUAUUCUGACUCUGAAUCUGAAAUGGGGAACAACAUGAAAAACAUUUCACAGAAACCAAAUGCCAGCCAAAAUGAUAUGCAUCUUCAAAUAAAGGAGGCCACUGGCUCAGGAAUAACCAUUGAUGAUCAGCACCCAGCAACAAGUACAGUAUCAAUCUAUGAUCCAAAGACUGACUCAUUAGUGGGAAUACCUGCCCAGCCUCAAUAUUACCUGAACCAUGUUCCAGAUCAGGAAACACUCCUGAGGUCUCAUCCAAAAAGGAUUGCACCAGAUGAUGUAGACAACUUUGAAAUUGGGCUGAGGAAGAUGUCCACAAGUUUGGCUGUAUUGACUUCCACUCAUGUUCAGGAUUCUCAAAACACCCCACAAGCUGCAGGAACACAACCUCAAUCUAACAUAAUUAACCUGAGUGAAGUUUACAGUAAUGAAAGAAACACAGGCUCCAACUGGGCUGUGAAGAAAGCAAGACAACCCACCACUGAGGAAGAGGCAAGCUCUGAUGCUGAUUCAAGUCCCAGUAAUCCACCAACUUUCUUCCCAAAAAUUGAGCAUGGCGAAGAAGAGAAUACUAGUGCUGGAUUUUCAGCGGAUUAUGUUGACCUACCACAGGAAAUGAUGCACAGGAAAACCUCACUUUUGACAAGCACUUUGAACAAGGAUCCCACCAACCCACCCUCCUUCUUCCCCAAAAUUCAGAAGACUGACUUGACUGAGCCCCCAACACCAACCUCAGAUACAGCAACAAAUGAAGCAAUAUCUGGAACAAUGCAUAAUGUGCAUCAUCUGAUUGAUAACGCUUUUUUGGACAUGGAAGGCUUACAAAUCAGUGCCAGUGAAACAAACAAUAAGGAAGAAAAACCAAGCAGCACUUAUAAUGUGCCAGUUGAUGCUGCUGGGACAAUGGUUGGAUUUUCCCCAGGACUUCCACAUCCAAAGCCUGACUCUGGUGAUGUUGAUACCACAAGAGGAAGUCAGCCACCAUCCUUCUUCCCAAAUGGAGAGCUUAAAGUACUGCAAUGUGUUAAUAUACCUGAUCCUGAUCCUGUUAAGCUCCAGCAACACAGAGGAAAUCUCUCAGGAAUGAUGCUCUGGAGGGAAGCUGAAUCCCAGCACAUCAUUUCUACUCAUCCUGAUAAAUCCCAAAAAGAGGAUCCCAAAAAUAUGCAAAUGGUCUACAAAACUGGUCAAGACCAACAAUCACCCAAGAUGUCUGAAUCUGUCCAUAAACCUGUUUCACUUGGCCCUUCACCAAUGGCACUGGAUGGAUUCAAGGUGAAAUGCAAACCUACAAGGAAAACUAGGGAUGACUGCUGUUGUCAAAAUGUGCCCUGUGACAAGAAAAAUGCAAGUGAGGAAUCUGCUCAACUUACAGUGUCAGCACCUGCCAGAAUGCAAAAAGACCAGCUAGAAAGUCAGUUCAAGGUUCAAAAAUCCAGACCAUCUUCUGGGCAACCAGAUGAAACAAGUCACUGCAUACAGACAUCAGCAAGUCAGCUGAUGGAACCCCAGCAGCAGCAGCAGCAGCAACCAGUAUCAGUCAAAGAAAGUGAACACAAUAUCAUAGACACAGUGAUGCCAGAGACCACUACAAUCCCAACUCCAACUGACAUGAAGAAAUCUUCUGCAACAAGCCACUUGUUGCUAGACAAGCCAGUCCAAGAAGACAUUAAGCCAACCAUCAUCAAUGCUGAGCCUGCCACAGACAGCCUUACCAUCUUGCCACAGAACAUGGUUCCAGUAAAGAAUUUCACUCCUGAUAACCUUCAGGAUGUUGAAGAAUACAUUGAAAUGGAGCCUUUUGACAUUAUUGAAUCCCCGGAUAAAAAUGAUGCUCUUUCUCAAACCAGACUGAGCCACACUGAAGAGACCAACACUGUAACUGUGCUCAAUGAAGGAAUUUCAGAGGCUGCUCUCACAGACACAAUGGCCACCAAUGCUGAUGCCUUGGCUCAAAACUUGCCUGGAAAAAGUGCAACUCUUCUGCCUCCAUUGAGGGAAGAUGUACACAGUAGCAGAGCAAGGCACUCUGAUGUCAUUGAUCCACAACACAUGCUACCAAUUUACAUAGUUGAUCCUGACAACCAGAUUUCACCCAAAGCUGAUGUUUUUGAGCAGGGGACUAAGUCACCUGGAUCUGCAGUCAAAACUUCAUCAUCUAGCCAGAAGUCUGAAGUUGCAAAUGAAGAAGCCAAGCAGGUCUUGAAACAAAAGCAUGACUCUGAAGUGUACAAAGCUGUUGAUGAAGAUGCAGUUGAUGAGAUUGAAGAGCCAGGAGAGAAUAAGGAUUCUUCUGAGGAAAGAAACAGAUUCAGCAGUGGAAUUCCAUCUUCAUCUCAGGUCCCUGGGCCAAAGGCUUGCAAUGAGUCCCAUGAGGGAAAUAUAAAUCAGCAAUUGGCAGAAAAUCCAACCUGGGAGCCUUUGGAUGAUAAAAACGUUCCUCAUGGUUCCCCUGACACUUCCACCACAUCUACUUCAGCUGAAGGCUUUUCGCAUAGAGAUAUCAAAGAGCAAAUGGUUUCAGAUCCUAUAAAAUUGGGUCAUGCCAAAGUAUUUGGGACUCUGUCAGCAUUUAAAGCUCCAAAAUACCAAGAUCAAACCUCUGAAAAGGAAAACUCAGACAAUGUCCAACAGGAAAGCAACAAAGCUGCAUCCAUGAAGACAUCUGUUCAGAAAUCUUUGGAAAAGUCCCCUGCAAUGCUUGCCAAAUCUCUGGAGAGUUUUGCCAACUGGAAUUCAUCUGCUGCAGCCCUGCAAGAUCAUCUUGCCACAUCAACUUCAAGGAAAUCAUCUGCAGAUAAUUUAGGCCUCCUUGGGACAACUAACACUGGAAAAACUGGCACACAGGCUACCAAAGAAAUGAAUAUUGAUGGCAAUCCAUCCAGCACCCUUGGGCAAGUGAGCCCUAUUGAGUACACAGCUGAACAAAGACCUCCACAAGAACCUCAAGAUGAUGAAACAACUGCUACUACAACUGCCAUGGAUUCAAUUGUGCAAGCAGCCACAAAUGGUUUAGCAGUUUUCAAUAAACUCUUUCAGAGUCUGCCAGUCAGCCGCCUCAGCUUGCCAACUUGCAAUGCUAAAUGUGGAUUAAAAAAGAAACCGCCCAUUUCCAACAAUAAAGAUUCUACUGAUGGAGCAGAAUCAAUGGGAAACAUAGUGACUGAAAAUCAGGAGUUGAGUCAAGCCACGCAUAAUUUACCAGAAAUGUCUCAACAGGCUUUAGAAAAGGAAAUGGACCCAACCACAGGAGAUGAAUCAUCUGGAGUCCCAAAGGAUGAGAAAACUGUGAAACAACUUGAUAACCAACUGUUCAAGAAAAUCAAUGUCAAGCCUGAGAGCUCUGUGACAUCCAAUCACAUGAAUAGCCAGCUUACAACUGACAUUCACAACAGGCCUGGGAAAAUUGCUUACUUGAGCCAAGGUUCAAGUGAAGGUUUUGCAUCCCAGGGUCCCAGCAAUUCUGAGAACUCCAUCUCAUCCAUGCCAACCUCUCAGAAUGUUGAUGAAUAUGCAUUGCAAAGUCCAGAGGGAAAGAAGCACUCAGGAUUCACCCCAACAUCUGCUGUGCAGCAGUCAACAGCUUCUCAGGCAAAUCAAUCUGUCAAUGUGAUUUUUGCACCCAACUCUGACAUGAAGUCUCAAACAUCAGGAAACCAGUCUGUGGGCAUUAUAGACAUUCCAGAUAAGCCAGCAGGGGACACAAAAAGCAGGCCAUCCUUGAAUAAGUCAUUAUCAACUCCAGCAGCACCAGGCAUGACAGAAAAUGUGGCUCAAAAGUCAACCAAGUCUGCUCCUGUACCCCUGACUCUUGAUGCCAGCUCAAAUCUAGGAGAAAAAUUUGAGGAAUCUUCCAUUCAUCUCACAGGCCUUAGAGUUUUUGGAUCAGAACACUUGGGCCCUUUCAUAAAUGAACCUGAAACUCCUUCAACAGGUGGCAAAAAUCAAGUUGAAUAUUCAAAACUCCAUCUUGAGCACCCAAGUGUCAAGAAAUGCUCCAACUCAGCAGCUGACAAAACUCCUUCAGAUGCCAGAAAUUCCCUAAAACAUUCUUCCAGCAGCUUUUUGGGUGGUCCAGGUGGCAUUGAAGAAGUCUUUCCUGCCACAGCUGGUUUAAAGAAUGACAUGAAUCCUGAUUCACCCACUCCACCACAAUCUGGCCUUGAGAAUAAAGCAGCAAAAAAGGCAUCAAAAACACAUUCCAAGGAUUGUUGCAAGAAGCAUUCAAUGUGGGAGAACCUCAGCAAAGCCGAGUCUGACAAGGCAUUCAAACAAACCUGCAUCUGCUCAGAUGCUGCUGAAGAGCAACACAGGAUGGAUAUGGGCAUGGUUCAAUUGUCAAAAUCCUCCUCUGCACCCAAAGCUGGUUUCACAGGCUUCAUGCCAAAGUCUGCUGGUGAACAAACACCUAGUUUUGCCAAGUCUGAAAAUGCAGUUCACAUGGGCAACUCACAAUCAAGUGUUUUGAGGCCUUUGUCCACUGAACGUUUGGUGUCAUCUGCUGGAGAAGAUGAAGAAGAGGAGGAAGAAGAAAAGCUUGAAAUCCCUCAACCUGCUGUCCCAAGGUUAUCAGCCAUGUUCAAAGACCACCCAAAGUUCAAACCACUUUUUGAUGCUGUUGAAGAGGCUGCAAUAAGGAAAAGCAAGCACUCAUCAUCAAAACAUCCAUUACCAGCCAAAGUAAAGGCAAAAAACAUACUCAUCAAAUCAGAGGCAGUUGGAGAAUCUGCAGUCCAUCAUGUUCCCAGACUGAGUGCACUGGGUCUCAGAAAUAUUCUUGGUCCUGUUGACUAUGGCUACCUGAAGGACUCUGAGUCCUCUGAGUCUGGAUUUGCAGAAUCUAACAGUGAAAUUCAGGGGAAAGCUAGAUGGUUGACACAACCUUUUGACAAGACCACAUCAAAAGCAAAAGUUGCAGUAUUUUGCGCCAAAAGGAUGGAGCACAAGCCAGGUAAUUUGGAAAGUCUCAGUGAUGUGCCAACAGACCAAUCACAUCACUACAGGAUCAUUCCUGAGGGCAUAGAACAAGAAGUCAACAUUCCUAUUGGAGAUGAAGAUGAAAAAACUGCAGAUGGAGCAUAUUCUUCCUCUUCUUCCACCUUUUCCAAUCAUAUGUCCUCAUGAUGAGUGAUGAGUGUAUAAGUCCUCAAAUGCACUUCCAUGACUUGACCAUAUACAGAGUGUGAAACCAUAUAAAGAGUGUGAAAUAAAUUGUUCAAAAGUUGAGA